UUUUUAUUUUUAAGGGGAAAAAAUCACACUGAGGAUGCCAAAGUCAUGUAUAAAAUAUGAAACGCUUGGUGUUAAGGUAAGGAAUUACAAAAGGGUAAAUUGAACUCCUCUAUGUUCAACACUGUGUCUGUGACGGUUCUCGGUCAUCCAGGUCAUCGUAGUCUAAGGAGCUUGGAAAGAAAAGCGACCGCACGUUUCACCUCUCAUCGGAGAAGCUUCUUCCACAAUGGUAUACUGCAAACUCGGCUCUCUUUGCCCGAGAGAUGUCCAGUGUUGAAUCAUUUCUUUCAGUAUUACAUACAGUAUUUCUUUCACAGUGUUGCAUCCCCUUCCUCGAGCCUUCAUACAACCUUAUCAAACCUUGUCAUAUAAAGAUGUAAAAGUAAUUACAGAGACUGUGUUCAAAUUUCUGUCAACAUAUGAAAAUUAAAAAUACAGAUACCAAUGUUAGAAUAAACAGCUGUACUAUCCUGAUUUUAUUCAAUGUGUUUUUGGGUCCAACUCCUGCUAUCAUGGACUUUUGUAGGCUUUUCUUUUUCACAUUUGAACAACAUCAAAAGUUGUUUAAGGAGGACAGCCUCCAUUUUUACUGUGCUUGUUUUUAUUGCCUAAUUGUAAAAUCUACUCUUGCCAGUAGCAGCAGCAGUAGUGAACCCGGGCGGGCUUAAAGAAAAUCAUCAUCUGUUUGUUUCUCCAAACACUUGAUAGGAUAAUGCAUUCUAAUCAUUUAAGAGCACAUCGUCCUCAACACCCACAAAGACUGCUCGAAAAUUUGGUGCUGAGUUGACGUCAGAUUAUCUGGGAAGAAAUUUACUGUAGAGAAUCAUGUCCUGACUGACAGUAGAGGAUUUUGGCGAAACCUCUGAUUUUAUAAUGUAUAUAUCUCCUAUUGUAAACUGAAAAUGAUAUCGCAAAUGCCGGACAGUCAUACAUACAGCUGACUGGAAUUGAUCUAAGGAGUGUAGCUCGCAAAUGUUGUUUUUCAUUGUUAUUUUUUUUUGUAAUAUUAAUACAACGAUCACUCCCAGCUCGUCAGGCGUUCAUUAUGUUUAUGUGCUUGUUUAUAUAUUUGAUUAUUUCAUGUGACGCUACAUGUGGUCCUGAAGCUGCGCGCUCCUAUCCACGAAAAGCACCUCUGGAGUUUGAUGACCAAUCACAGCGCUUUUCAGUCUUCACCAUCAGUCUCUCUCUGCGAAGCAACUGGCGCACUCCUUCACCACAGUCUCUAGACUCUCAAGCUCGAUUGUCUUCCUGCUUUAGACAGAAACAUGGUACGGCUCACGGAGGGUGCUGCGCGUGGAAGGAAAACGUCGCUAAUCGACUCUCAGCUGGACUUCUAACUCAUCAUGCCGCGUUACACCAGGGUCCUGCUUCUAGUUUUGUGUGUGAGUCUGAUCGGGGAAUGCCGGAAACACAGAAGUAGGAAAAAACGGUGGUCGGCACCGGCCGGGACUCAUAAGCCAGCAAAGGAACUUGCUGGAACACCUGACACUGUUGUUAUUGUAAGGCCAGGCUCCGAGACCAGGAUGGAGGACAGUCCUCUAUCAAAGAAAGUUGUGGAUGGAACUAAAAGCCGGAAGGUAAAGACCAGCCACCUCCUGCGCAUUGAUGAACACGAUUUCACCAUGAGGCCCGCAUUUGCAGGCCCAGCUGUCCCUGUUGGGGUGGACGUUCAGGUGGAGAGUUUGGACAGCAUAUCAGAGGUAGACAUGGACUUCACCAUGACUCUGUACCUGAGGCACUACUGGAAAGAUGAAAGGCUGGCAUUCCCAAGCGCUACAAACAAAAGCAUGACCUUUGAUGGUCGCCUGGUGAAGAAAAUAUGGGUACCUGAUGUGUUCUUUGUCCAUUCCAAGAGGUCCUUCAUCCACGACACCACUACUGACAACAUCAUGUUAAGGGUCUUCCCAGAUGGUCAUGUUCUGUACAGUCUGAGAGUAACAGUUACUGCAGCUUGCAACAUGGAUUUUAGUCGUUUCCCUCUGGACUCACAGACAUGUACACUGGAGCUGGAGAGUUAUGCUUACACAGAUGAGGACCUGAUGCUUUAUUGGAAAAGUGGCGAUGAGUCCCUGAGCACAGAUGACAGGAUUUCUCUGUCUCAGUUCCUGAUUCAGAAGUUUCACACUACCUCCAGGCUGGCUUUCUACAGCAGCACAGGUUGGUACAACCGUCUGUACAUCAACUUCACGCUGCGGCGUCACAUCUUCUUUUUUCUACUGCAGACCUACUUCCCUGCUACUCUAAUGGUGAUGCUGUCCUGGGUGUCCUUCUGGAUUGACCGCAGGGCUGUCCCUGCCAGAGUCUCAUUAGGUAUAACUACGGUGCUCACCAUGUCCACCAUCAUUACUGGAGUGAAUGCUUCCAUGCCCAGGGUCUCCUACAUCAAAGCUGUGGACAUUUACCUCUGGGUCAGUUUUGUCUUCGUCUUCCUGUCUGUGCUAGAAUACGCUGCCGUAAACUACCUGACAACUUUGAGGGAUGGGAAAGACCGCAAACUCAGAGAAAAGGUUAAGGAACAGUCCCAGACACUCCCUUGCACAUGUGGCAUGCCCCAUACCAAGACCAUGAUGCUUGAUGGGACAUACAGUGAGGAAGAUGCCAACAGUCUGGCGGGAUACACAAGAGCCUCGAUGGUUGCCGAGGACAUAUCAGAUAAACAGGAACAGAUGGUAGUGCAUCUGUCUUUGGACAACGAGUCCACUGGCACCAAGAAGAAGGGCAUCCGUGGCUUCCGGAUCAUUCAGAACACCCACACCAUUGACACAUAUUCUCGUAUGAUUUUCCCAGGCUCAUAUAUCCUCUUCAACCUGAUCUACUGGUGUGUGUACUGUUGAGAAUUUUAGCUCAAAUUAUAGUAGUGAAAGAAAAUUACUGUGAAACCGUUCUGUUGGACGUAAGCCUGAGGUUUACCUGUUCAAGUUUGCCAGGAUGGCCUAUCAAAGACAUCUGGGAGUGAAUACUACAUCUACCCAUUUCAUUGUUGGACUGGACAUUCGAUAUAGCUCAUUUUUUAAUUUUUAUUAAUGAAUCCUUUAUUUAUCCAGGUAAAAAUCUCACUGAUAUUCAAAACUCAUUUCCAAGAGAGACCUGGCAUCAUGGCAGCAAAAGACCUGUUCCUGCCUCACAAGCUAAUAUGUACCCAAGUCACGCUGAGAGAAAACUCAUGGGGCUGGUUGCACAUUCACUCUAAUACAGCGGUCCCCAGCCCCCGAGCCACGGUCCGGUGCCGUGAGCCGUUUGGUACCAGGCUGCAAGAGUUGAGGCUCGGGUGUGAAAUUUAUGGUCUUCAGGGCUUUUAUCGGUUUUUAUUGUUAUUUUUUAUAGUUAACUCGG